AUUAAUGGCAGCCUCCACAAUCGAAAUUCUGUCCCCUGAAUUUUGACACGACAAAUAAUAUUCAAUCGAAUCGAACAUGACACAAGAACUGAUACAGAAUUUGAUAGAUGUUAUGGACAUAGCUCACAGCCAGAGGGCUGAGCUGACAGAAUUAUUGCCACCAUUACAAGAGGCCCAGGAUCAGAUUCACUACAGUAAAAAAGAAUCCUGCCAAAACCUGACAGAUUACUUUGACAAAGUUAAAGAAAAUGUGAUAGAAAAUAUCAACAAGAGGCUUACACAUCUACUGUCAAAAGUGGAGUCUAUAGCUAAUGAGGCAUUAGAGCCACUUCGACAGUGUGAAGAUGUCAUUAAUCAGAGUUUAGCAGCAGCAGCUAGAAUCAUGCAAGAUGGUAAAGCACUUUUGAAUAACAAUCCAGCUGACAAUAUAGAGGGUCUUGUGAAAUUCAAGGACAAUCCAGAUAUAAAAGCACUUAGCAGCAUUCCAGAAGUUCCCAGUUUACCAGAUGUGCCUUACAUUACCAUAGAAGUAUCAUCUGAAUUGGACCAGAAACUAGCAGAGUUUAUUGGUCAGGAGGGUAGAAUUUUAGAAAGAGCUCCAGUUCAGAUAAUUGACAUUAUAGAGAGACCUGGUGGCCUAACUGUUAAAUGGAGUGAAAUUGAUGAGGAAGUAGAACCAGGAGAUUUCUGUUUAGAAUUUACCAGCGGCAAUAUAAAGUUUGACAGUAAAUCAACAACAUUCCACAGUGCAUACAAAGGACCAGCCACAUCUCAUACAGUCAGACAUCUACGUACAAACAUGCCAUACUCUUUCCGUGUCCGAUGUCGAUGUGAAAAUAGCAAUAAAUGGAGUGCCUGGAGUGUACCAAGAGUUGCCAUGACAACUAUACCACAUUAUGAAUGGUCUAUCUGUAAUCCAGAGUAUGACACUAGUAAUGAAAAUAAGACAGCUACAAGGACAAAUGAAGGUGAAACAAAAGUAUUAUACUCCAGUAGUAAUUGCUACCUAGCUGGAGGUUCAGUUACAUUUAGGCUAUUGGAUGCUGGAGAGAGUUCUCCACUUGAUGGAGUAGGAUUAUCUAUAGACAAUCAGGAUACAUCAACACUACAGAGAGAAAAUGCUGUGUUUUUAACAACUAGAGGAUCAGUAUUUGUAAAUGGGCAAGAAAUGAAGAACAAAUUACCAGAUCUGACGAAAGGUUCAAAGUUGAAUGUAGAGACAGAGGUUUUGUCUAGUGGAAAGAUACGGGUCAGUUUAGAGGUACAAGACAAAGCCGUCACAUUCGACUGGAAGAUAAAUGAGGAAUUGAAUAUCACCCAGUUAGCAGGGAUAGGACUAGGAGGAAGUGCAGGCAAAUCAUUAUACUUUGGUAUAAUAUUUAGUCAUGAAGACUGGAAAAUUGGAGUCGAAUGAUAGAACACAUUUUUUAACAUUUAAUGGUAUAGGGAUUUGAAAUAGAAUGAGAUUAAAGUGUUGAGAGUAUAACGUUCAGGGAUCAUUAAAGUACUUAAAUUAUAAAAAAAAUAUCAUAAGCUUUUCUAGUAUUACAAAAAUCUGUAACUUUUCUAUAAAUUUGUAUUUGUUAACAUUAUUUGUGAACAAAGCUCAUAUGUCAUUGGAGACCAUAAAAUGAUAAAAGUCAGAAAAAGCAAGUGGUCAGAAAUCACUGUCAGAGAAAGUUUGGUUUAUUGUUUACAUUUACACAAUUAUAUUAAUUGUCAAGCAUCCGACAAACGACAAUCAUCCGGUAUUGAUAGAUGUGAAUUAAGAAAUUAUUUCUUUGUACAUGUUUGAGUUUUUGCUGUUUCAGUUCUGAAGAAAACAUAUAACAAGUCCAGUGUAAUGUAGUGUUUUUUCUGUUUCUGUCUAUGUUACUUUGACAAGGAAGUUAAAUACAUGAAUUCUGUUCAAUGAUUUUGUUGUUUAAUCAUAUUCCUAAAGAGCCAUCAAAAUCAGAUGUAAUAUCUGUAUUUCUCUAAUUUUUGUGCUAUUUUUACAUUUCUUGAUCGGUGUGAGAAAAAUAUUUUUCAUCACUAGUGAAAUACCCGUUCUCCGCAAAUGAUUGGUCGAAAUUUAAUAAUGGCGUCAAAUUUUCUUGGUUUCUUCUGAAUUUCCUAUUGUGACGUCAUGAAAAAAGGCGACCAUGCCUGAUGCCACAUAUAAAGAACACAACUUUCUGCAAAUCUUUGAAAAGGAAAGAUAAAAAUUAUUAGAGAAACAGAUUCCACUACUAUAACUCGUGUAUUACAAUAUUUCUCCACUCGCAACAGUUAAAUUUUAAUUAUUUAAAAAGCUUGGCAAGCCUCGCGCUUUAAAUAUUAAAAUUUAACUGUCUCGAGUGCAAAGGCAAUCAGAAAAGCAUGCUACACACAAUAGACAAAACAAUUGUUUUAAUAUUAGUCAUGGGCAUGGAUCCUGUUGUAUCUGCUGUACCAAUAGCUGUUAAUAACAUUUGUUUAUACUAUAGUCAUUUAUGAAUAGGACAAUCUUCAUUCAUGUAUAUACUUGGUUCUUACAUUUAUCCAACAUACAAUUGUUUUCAAGUGCCAGUCCAUAUUUCCCACACAUUCAUACUUGCUGUUCCACCUUGUGGGACCUACCUAUUGUAUUACUUGUUAUUAGUUUCUCAUCCUAAAUAUGCCCGAAAUAAUGGGUGCCAAUGGAUGUUAAUCAAGAAACAAUCAAUCAGUCAGUCACAAAAAUGACCAAAUCAUUAUAAUAACCCAAUAUGAUUGUCAGUAUAGCAGGACCAAACAUUCUACCUUAUAUGAGAGUUAUACCUUAAAAGACUUCAGGAGAUGUGAUCUUAAGUGGAUAGAUGGUCAGUCACUUUUACUAUGUCUGUGCUGUCACUUUAGAGCGUUAGACAUUUAUCCAUGGUAGGAUAUUAUUUGCACUUGGGAGUUCAUGAAAUACAAUUAUCUGCUUUGGGCACUAUUUUCCAGUAUGUUUGCAGGAGUUUAUAUUAUUAAAUAUUACACUAGUUUAUGAUGGACCAGUACUAAGAAGUAACAUUUUCCCAUUUGGUCAUAGUAUUAUUGAUUCAUAUGCUUGCUUCAGUUGAAGAGACAGGAACCUUUUCAUGUUUCUAGCUACUGUUAUUUACUAUAUUUUUUUGUUUAUAAUGCAAUGUAGGUGUAUAUUUUAUUUCAGUUUAUCAAGUGUAUUGAUUUUUGCAUAAUACAGUGCCAUGUAACAUUUUUUCAGUGUUUUGUCAAUCAUUAAAUAAGUAAAAUAUAUUACUUGCUCAGAUGGUACAAACAUUGUACUGGAAAAGCAUUGAUUAGACCAUUUAUUUAGAUUUAUUGUGAUUAGCCAUGGGAACAAAACUUGAAGUAUUUUAUGGAGGGAUCAGUUUGUUGAAUUGUGUGUUAUAAUUUGUGGAUUGUUAUAUUUUUGAGUGUUUUUAAUGGUGAAUUAGAUUUUUGUACGAAAAAAAAAAAUAUAAAUAUAUUAUUUUUCUAGUCAUAAUAAUGUACAGAUAUUUGCUUGUUUCAUACAGCUGGUGCUUCCAAUUGUAAACUUUAGUGUGCUUAUUUACAACAGUUUAAUUCAUUUAUAUUUUUUUGUCAUUUUAAAAAUGACAUUUUAUUGAUUUAGAUAUAUUUUAUUUCAUAAGUGCUUAAUAAUUGUGUGUUCAUUUAAUUUUAAAAGACCAUUCUUAGUUUCAGCUCCAACAAAUUUACUGGAAGUGAGACUAAAAUGAUACUUAACUAGAAGCUGCAACGUAAUAGCAUCAACAUUUGACAAAAACAUCUAUAUUUUAUCACUACUCUCACAGUGGUUUACAAAAUUUGUUUCAAGGAAAUCUACUUAGUAAUAAAACUGAUAAAAUUUUAAACCCAACAUCAUGAAAUUUGAUGUUUCUUUGGUAUAUAAAGGUAUGGUUAAUGGUUCAUAAUUAAAGACUUCAUGAAAAUUGAACAACAGAUAAAGUAUUGUUUCUUUGAGAUGUGAAUAUUGUGUUUUAUUUAGUGUAAUACUUUUUCAUUUUCCAAAUAUCAUUAGUUUAUUCAAUUUCUCUAUUUCCCUUACAUAUUCUUUAUAACAUUGUUGAGUAGAAUAUGUCAUUUCAGUUUAUGUAAGAUUAAUUGGUUUAUCUUUUAAAUAACACUAAAUAUGUGUUAAGUGGAGAUACUUUAAUUCUAAACUCAAUUUUUAGAAAAUUAAGAUUUCAUUCUAAUAACCAAUAAAGAAACCAGUCUUGAAGUAUGUAAAAUCUUUUUUGUAAGAAUUAUAAUUGAAAUUUGAGUAAUUACCAAUAUCUGUUUGUUGAACAAUCAAUUUUGUUAUUUGUUUUUAUAACUCAAUAAUUUACACCUGGUUUGAUGAUUACAGGAACUUAAUUUUUCUUUUAAAAUAAAGAGAUAAAAAGUAACUUCUACAAUCCUGAGCAAGACUUCAACUCAGCUUAAUAAUCUCAUUCAACAGUAGACACAAUAUAAUUGCAUUCUCAUACAUUCACUUUUUUUGCAAUAAUCUACCUGUCUAUUUUAAUUUAUGUGUGGUCAAGUAAAUGCAUUUAAGUAAUAUUGUAUUAAAGAAGUUUAUGACAAUGUUAUACAUUGUUGAAAUAAUGAUUAUUAGCUAAUUACUUCUUUAGAAUGAAGUAAUAAUUCCAGUCACUGCUUAAAAUUUGUACAUAUCCAAGAUAUAAAAUAUUAUCAGUGGAUUGUUAUAUUUUUACCAUGCUCAAUAUAAUAAAAAUAUGAUAUAUUA